AUGAAUGUGAGAGUGGCGGCACGCACACGGGCAGUGCGCACACUGCCGCGCCGCGCCGCGCCUCGCCACACAUGCAGCUGUUGGGGCAGGAGCCUGGCGGGGCUCGUGACGGGGCCGCCCACACUGGUGCUCGUGGGCCUCGACUCGUCGGGCAAGACCACGGCGCUGCUGCGGCUCAAGUACGGCCACUACGUGAACACCGUGCCCACCGUCGGCUUCAACUGCGAAUGUUUGCGGGGCGGCGGUUGCUCCUGGGUGGCAUGGGACGUGGGCGGCGAUGAUCGCGUGCGAACCCUUUGGCGCGCCUACACGCGCGGCGCCGACGCGGUGCUGUUCGUGGUGGAUGCCAGCAGCGGCGAGGAGCGGCUGGAGGAGGCGUGCCACGAGUUGCACGUCCUGGUGCGCCGGCAAGCGGCACAGAGCGCCGCGCUGCGCCGCUCACGGCCGCCGCUGCUGGUGCUGGCCAACAAACAGGAUCUGCCGGGGGCCAGAACGCCCGCCGCCAUGGCUGACGCCCUCGGCCUGCACGACCUGCCGCCCGCCCAGCCCUGGGGCCUUGCACCCGCCUGUGCCGUCACCGGCGAGGGUCUGCCCGAGGCCAUGGACCUCCUGCGCCGCCUCCUCCUCAAGGCACGCCGGGCCUCGCUCUCACGGGGCUGACUUGCGGGUCACCCUAGGCUCCCCGCCGCCCCCACCUCCUUCAGUUUAUCCCUGCCCAGCCCCGCACCAAACCCCUGGACCCCCGAGGCGUGAGGCGAUGGAGCCCGAGUACUCGUAUGGGGACAGGCGGGGAACUACAGACAACUGAGUGCCACUGGUGGCUGACGUAUGUGAUAAUGUGUGUGUAUGUAUGUGUGUGUGUGUGUGUGUGUGUGUGUGUGUGUGUGUGUGUGUGUGUGAAGCGUGCAUGCAGUGUUUGAAGGGGUGUAUUUAUAAUAUUUAUUGUGCAAUAGCCAGAAACGUCACACAUACACAAGCACGUAGCCCGUACCCAGAGAUCCGUCACUU